AUGGAGAAAUCAUUCACCUUUGGUGAAAAUUCUGAUGCGGAUUAUCAUCCUUCACGAAUGAGUGAUGAUAGCAGCUAUGCCAGUGAGGCUUCUCCUUUUCCUUCGCCUUCGCCUUCUCGGUGGAGGGAUGUUAAACCUGGUCCCUCUAGGCUAGGAAUGAAGUUGCGCAAGCAUUCGGUCGAUGAUAAACUCGAUGACAAUGAUCUUUUGGAUUCAGGUGAGGUUGAAAUGAUGAAGGAAAGAUUCGCGAAGCUUCUGCUAGGAGAAGAUAUGUCUGGUGGAGGAAAAGGUGUUAGCACAGCAGUUACAAUCUCAAAUGCCAUUACCAACCUCUAUGCAACGGUAUUCGGACAGAGUUUAAAGUUGGAGCCGUUGAAUCCUGAGAAGAAAGGCAUGUGGAAAAGAGAAAUGAAGGUUCUCCUAUCAGUGUGUGAUUACAUACAAGAAUUCGCCCCAACUGCGCAAUAUUUAGAAGAUGGCACAAUUGUGGAGAUGAUGAAAAGUAGACCGAGGUCAGAUAUCUAUGUAAACCUCCCUGCACUGCAGAAGCUUGACACAAUGCUUAUAGAAAUAUUAGAAUCUUUUGAGGAUACUGAGUUCUGGUACGCAGAGAAUAUAUCAGCAACUUCACCUCGUUUGCGCGCAGCCUCUUUUCGAAAGAUUGUUCCAAGGAAAGACGAGAAAUGGUGGUUGCCAGUUCCUUGUGUUCUCCCUGGUGGUCUCUCUGAGAAGUCAAGGAAACAUCUUACAGAGAAAAGGGACUGUGCUAAUCAAAUUCAUAAAGCUGCAAUGGCAAUAAACAGCAAUAUUCUCGCGGAAAUAGAUAUUCCAGAAACAUAUAUCGAUGAUCUUCCAAAGCUGAAAUUCUAUUGCCAUGAGAUUGAGGAUUCCUUUAAAUGCGACCCUAUAAGGCAAAUGUCUUGGAAUUUAUCAUCAAAUUUGAUGAGCUUUUUAUGGAAGCCAAUAAUAGCAGCUGAGUCUUGUAGAAAUCGGGACGAUAUAAAUUCAUACAAGAGCGGAAGAGGGAGUCUAGGGGACACGAUAUACCACUAUAUGAAUACCGCAGACAUGUUCUCACCUGAUCGCCUUCUUGACUGUCUGAAAAUAAGCUCUGAACAUGAAGCACUUGAUCUAGCAGACAGGGUUGAAUCGUCGAUGUAUACAUGGAGACGUAAAGCUUGUCUUAGCCAUUCAAAGUCGUCAUGGAAAGAAGUAAAAGAUCUCAUGGAUGAAACAGAUUUGGAAGACAAAAACUUUAGUUUAGCAGAUAGAGCUGAAGCUUUGUUGUUUUGCCUCAAGCAAAGAUAUCCUGAACUUUCACAAACUUCUUUGGAUGCAUGCAAGAUCCAGUACAAUCGGGAUGUGGGAAAAGCAGUACUAGAAAGCUAUUCAAGAGUUUUAGAAGGCCUAGCAUUCAAUAUUGUUGCUUGGAUUGAAGAUGUUCUCUAUGUAGAUAAGACUAUGACGAAUCGAGAAGUCUAG